UCGGCCCUGAUGUCUGCAGUGGGCAGAGGGGUGGGAAAGCACUUCCUGGAGGGCCAGACCCCUACAGCAGACAAAGGGGUGUGAAAGAGGUGGUCCUCAGCAGCAGAGAAAUUGCCACAACAAUUUGAUGUCAGAAGUGGGAUCCCUCGAGCGAUCAUCUGGGACGGGACGCGGACAGUGACAGGCCACCCUGGAAGAAAAACGUUUCAGCCUCCAACCUCAAAAUCCUCUUCUGAGAAGGGAGGACUGACCGCAAACGCCCCAGAUCGUCGCCGCUGGGAUUUACACAAACGCAAUUCAACGAAAUUCAUCUGGUGAGCACUGAAAUAUUGACAUUUCAAUUUCUUUUCUUUAAAUUUUGGGUUUAAAAUUGGCUAAAUAUUUCCGUUUCUCACAUAUCCACAAUCGAUCUGCUUUUUGUUACUUAUAGCCUUAAACGAAGUAACCAGGUCUUUGUUGCUUGUUCCUUAAAAGCAAUCAGGUUUUUAAAUCACUUGUAACCAUAAACAAAGUGAUUUGCUUUUUUUUCACUUGUAGCACAGACAAAGUGAUCAGGUCUUUGUUGCCUUAAACAGGUCUUUGUUGCUUGUUCCUUAAACGAAGUAACCAGGUCUUUAUCACUUGUAUCCUUAAACGAAGUGACCCUUUACAGAUACGUCUUUACUGUAAUAGUUGUGCACGACCUCCAUUUGGAAUGGGGAGUAAAAGCUCUGCCGAGGUUGGACCUCCGGAGGGGGCGAUUGUGGAUGUUAUGAGAAGGAAAUAUGGGGAUAAAAGUUUAAAAUAUUUAAAUGUCUGGACAGCUGAGUUUGGAUUCCCAAUAGGGGGAUCCCUCAGUUUAAAAAACAUAUCGAUAUUAGAAGAAAAACUGAAGGGAAAAGAACAAAAAAUGAGAAGGAAAAAUAAGGUUUCUGUAAGAAAAUUAGAAAAUAUGGAAGGUCAAAGAGAAUGUUUUCAGAUGUGGAAAGGGGAAGCAGAGACACGAGAUAGGAAAACAAUGCUGAAACAACUCCCUUUUCCAUGUGAAAAAGUUGAAACCAAUGAAAAGCAAAUUUCACACACACAAAGAACACCAGACUCGCAGACUUCUUCUUUGUUUCCACAGUUGGCGGUUUUGAAGCUGGAUCCAGACCUUGACGGCAACCCACCUAUUCAUCCUUCAGUUCCACCACCAUACAACACAGUGACACCCAGCAAAAGAAGGGAAGCAGACUCCGCCAUGCUACAACAAAAAACAAGUUCAGGAGCAGCUCAUUGUGCCCCUGAUGUGUCCGUUCCACCACAGAACCCUACAACCAACCCCCCUUCUCCAAUAGCACAUAGACUGCGUUAUCCAAAUCAAGAUGCAGCCUUCAACAUACCCAUGGUUAAAGUAUCAGGACCAGGAGGUGCAACGUUGGUUUUCCGCCCAUGGACUUCUGCUGACAUCACAGCAGCCUCACAACAUCUGCCCAACCCCACAACAUCAGGUAAAAUGUUUGCUGAGCAAUUCUCCACAUUUUGCCAAGAAUUCAAACCCACCAUAAAUGAACUAAAAAGACUCCUGAUCACCAAGAUGAAACCCACAGAUUGGCAAAAAAUAGCUGGGAAAUUCCCACAUGCUGACAUCCAUUGUAAGCACAUCACCUGGGAACAUGAGUCUAAUGCCCAUUAUAGAGAUGUUGUCCGCCUUCUCUGUGAUGCAUUCACUCAAGCUUUUCCUGUAAAAGUUAACAUGGAGAAAAUCACUGCCUGCAAGCAGAAGGAUGAUGAAAACCCUGAUGAAUAUCUCACUCGCCUGACAGAGGUAUUCAACACCUACAGUGGCCUUCAACCACCUGAUGGAUUAAACAAUAUUCCAGAUGUGUGGGAAAUUCAUCUUUGUAACUGUUUCUUAAAAGGACUAAAACCAGACAUUGCCUCCGCUGUUAAAAGUUCCUGCAUUGGAUGGGAUGAUGCACGCCUGUCCGAACUUCGCAGACACGCCAUACAUGCCCAUCUCAAAGAAAAAGAAGAAACAACACAGAAAGAGCUUCACAUGGCAGCAAUAACCAUGUAUAACACAAUCCGAGAACAUGGACAACCAGAUCAUACACAUAGAGGAAAAGAUAACCGACACAGGCACUGGAAAGAUAAAAUUGCAAAGGAUGUUUGUUUCCUGUGUGGUCAACAUGGACAUUGGAAACGCGAGUGUCACAAAAAUACCUCAUCGACCCCGGUGGACAAGUCGGACUGA